AUGGCGAUUUUUCUGAUUCUCUGCCUCAGCUUGUUGCUAUUUCGGAGAGUUGAAUCCGGUCAUCUCGCCGUCGAUCCAUCAUUUCUGUUGGUUGAGGAGGAUUGGCCUUUGGAGAAGACAUUGCCGAUAACGAUAUGUCCAGGAAAUGUCAGAAUAUUGCAAGGCGAUUCACAAAAGACAUUCUCUGUGGUGAAACUCAACGAAACUUGCUCGACGUUGAGGCUGAAUCGGGAAUUGGAUGCCGAUAAAGAGAAUGCUGAUGGUUCACGAUGGGAAUCGUUCUCUCUUGUGCUCUCCGGUCCGCAAAAGUCGAGGGCAAAUUUGGAGAUACAGGUUGUUGAUGUAAACGACAACGCGCCCGAGUUUCUCAGCGUUCCCUCGACGAUCAGUGUUUUUGAGGACACUCCAGAGGGAUCAGCUAUUCUCAAGUUGAGGACACGAGAUCCGGACACUGGAAUCGCUGGAAUGGCUGUUUACUCAAUCGAUAACGCUAAUUUCUCUGUGGACAAGCGAAAAUGUGGGAAUGGAGAGUGUUGGACGACGUUGAGAGUCAAAGAAAAACUCGAUUUCGAAAAACAAAGAAAACAUUUGAUAACAGUCACAGCAAAAGACGGAGAUCCAACAAAGAACAGCUCUCUCGAGACAAGCGUUUCGAUUACGAUUCAUGUGCUGGAUGCUCAGGAUCAACCACCGCUGUUCGUCACUGAUCUCUCGCAAACAUUUCUUAUUCAAGAGACGUCGAAAAUUGGGGAUAUUGUCUUCGAAAUUCGAGCCCGAGAUGGGGAUGAAGCCGCUGAGACUGCGAACUCGAUUCGAUACUCGCUACAGGAAAAUCAAUAUUUAGAAAUUGAUGAAAGAACCGGGAAUGUGAAGUUGAAGAGCGAGCCCGGGGAGGAGCUCGAUUUGAGGCUCGGCAUUACGGCAACAGAAGAAGGUGAAGGGCAAAUGAAAAGCGAGGGAGAGCUGAAGAUCAAAUUCGUCAAAGCUAGAAUCAUCGAAAAGACUCUAUCUUCUCAUCCAAUUUUACCGAAAGCGGAAAGUUCGAGAAAAUUGUGCGAAAAGGAGCUCUAUGAGAUGAGGAUUCGAGAGGGAUCCGAGAAUUUCGAUCUCCCGGAAACAAUUCAUUUAACCGGGAAACAGGACAAAUCCUCACUUCGUCUCAUUGGCGGUGCCGACAUUUUCGCUUUCAAGCAAACAGCCGACGAUCAAGUGGAAAUCGUAGUGAACAAUGUGGAAAAGAUGGAUUAUGAGAAGACAACAAAUUACAGUCUAAAAUUAACAUCGCCAAUGGGAAGCUGCGAAAUCGAGAUCUUUGUGCUCGAUGUGAAUGAUAAUGCACCGAAAUUCAAAUCGGAUAGCUACACUUUUUAUGUCAUGGAAAAUGAGGAAGCGAUGGAAUUGGGAAAGAUUACGGCAAUCGACGCCGAUUCAACCGAAUCCAGCAAAAUCGAUUACCAAGUUGUUGGGACUUCGCGAAAUGUGUUCAAAAUUGAUGAUGAGGGAAGAUUGAUGACAACGAGAGCGGUGGACAGAGAGAAAGAUACACAGUUCACGUUUGCUGUUCGAGCAACGGAUAAAGGAGGGAAAUUCACCGACGUUCCGGUGAAAGUGGUGGUGAAGGAUGUGAACGACAAUACGCCUCGCUUUGAGAGUGAUCACAUAACGAUUGAUGUGGUGGAAGAAGUGGCGAGUAAACACAAGAUUUCGGCUCGAGACGAAGAUCACGGUGAAAACGCAAUGUUGACCUAUACACUUAGCAACAUGCCAGAAGGAUUACCAAUCGAUGUGAAUAAUGGCAUUCUCUUUAUUGGCCGAAUCGAUCGCGACUCGCUUACCGUUCAUCCAAUCGAAUUAGUGUUAACAGCGACAGAUUCGGGGAAACCGCCGCUAUCCGGAAAAACGAAUAUCACAAUUCGGGUUGAGGACACAAACGAUAAUCGACCACAAUUCACUCUAUCACAUUAUGCAUUCAGUGUCGAGAAGAAUUUGAAACCAGGACAAAGUGUGGGAAAGGUUGAAGCCAGCGACGAUGACGCGACGGCGCCAAAUAAUCGAAUCUAUUUCACAACCGAGGAUGAUCGAUUUUACAUCGACGUCAACGGCAGUGUUGUCUACAACGGGACCGAGCCUUUCACGAAAGAUCAAUGGAUUGAUUUCAAAGUAUGGGCUCACGAUAACGGCGAUCCAUCAUUGAACUCGUCGACAACGGUGACAAUAAAUGAGCACAAGAAUACGCUUGGAGGAGCGAUAACAACGAAGUUGAACAGAACAACCGACGAGAAAACCGAGGUCCGAUGGGCGAACGCGAAAAUGCCAGGCUACAGCUAUGAGAUCUUGCGGGCCACAGCUGACGGGAUUUCAGAAAAUGAAGUCCGAAAAUGGGUGUCAAUCGAUCGAAAAACCGGCGUCAUUCACACACUCAAAAAACUCGACGUCGAUACGGUGAAAGCAAUCAAAUUGGCCAUUAGCAUGAAAAAGAAGAAAAAGGAGAUACCAGUUGAACUGAUCAUCAAAAUCGUGGACGAGAACGACAAUAGUCCUUUCUUUAAACGAGCCGCUUAUAAAGCGAAUGUGACCGAGGAUGUGGCUGUUGGGACGCCGAUUUUACAGAUAAAAGCUGAGGGAACGGAUGCUGAGAAUUUGUUGAGAUAUUUCCUCGUCCUAAACUCAUCUGCCGGCACCCCGCUCGAAAUCGAUCAAUACGGGACAAUCAGAACCAAAGAGAUCCUCGAUUUUGAAAAACUUCAAAAAAUCGACGGAAUCGUGACUGUUAAAGACUCACUCGGGCACAACGCGUCCACCAAUUUGACCGUUUUCGUCACAGAUGUUAACGAUAAUCGUCCUGAAUUCAAAAACGGCUCCGUUUUCACCGUUUAUGCGUCGGAAUCACUGCCGAUUGGGGCCAGUUUAUCGCUGGAAUACCCGUUGGCCACAGAUCGAGACUCGGGACGAUUUGGGAAGAUUGUUUAUUCGAUAAUUGGCGGUGAGAACCACUUCGCGAUCAAUGAGAAAACUUCGGUGAUCACUUUAAAGAAAGAACUGGACUACGAGAUACAAAGAAGUCAUUCGUUGACGAUUCGAGCAACAGAUAAUGGAGGAAAGAAACCGUACAAUGAAGUAUUUGCUUCGAUAACGGUUUAUGUGGAAGACUCAAAUGAUCAUUCACCGAUCAUUCACAAUGCUGAUCUCACUCAUUUAUCGGUGGGAGAGGACGCGAAAAUUGGCGAUGUUGUGGCAAUCAUCUCGGCCUCAGAUGCUGAUGGCGGUGGAUCCCAACCAGUUCUCAUCACCACAAAUCACACUCAAUUCCGAGUAGAUGAAACGGGGAAACUUGUUGUCGCCAUUCAACUUAGUGGUUACGCUGGAGAAAAGAUCUGCGGUCAUUUGACGGCUAGUGAUGCCGGUCAACCACCGCGAAACACGACGACUCCAUUCUGUGUCUCUGUACAAGGACGUCGACAAGGCUUCCUUCCACUCAUUGUUUAUCCAAAACCCAAUAGUAUUCACUACUUUGACGAGAACGAGCACUACGACGAGUUGCUGAGACUGAAAAUGGCAAAACAAGAAGGGGAAAAAGAGGAGUACUCGUACAAAUUUGAUCAGAGCUUUAAGAAGGACUGGGAGUUCUUCGAGAUUUCGCCAAAUGGAGCGCUCACCUCAAAGGCGCCAUUCGAUUUCGAGAAAAAAGCGAUUCACGAGUUGAGAGUGUCGGCUUGCAAUGACAAGAGAAACUGCACCUCAAUUACUCUGUUCAUCUCGGUGAAUGAUAAGAACGACAAUUGCCCGAUUUUCCAAGAAACGAGUUUCCAAUUGACGAUCGUCGAAAACGAGCGCGGGCCAGUUCCCCGUAAAGUUGGCCGAAUUCCGUCAGCGAUCGACUCGGAUUAUCAUGCUGACAAUAAAAAGAUUUGCUAUUCGGUGGACAAUCCGGCCUUUUUUUUUCAUCCACUCACUGAUCCUUUCCUCUACACAAAUCGAUCAUUCGAUCGCGAGCAACAAGAUUCAUUUAAGCUCACUAUCACAGCCUAUGAUUGCUCACUGGUUUGCGUGGACCCAUUACGCCCGGUGAACGCCACUUUGAGGGGGACAAUCAGAAUAGAGGACAUGAAUGAUAAUUUCCCGAAAUUUGCUGAGAGAAUCUUUUACAAAACGGUUAUUCAGGGUCAAAACGGACCUGGAAGUCAAAUUGCAAAGAUCGAGGCUAUUGAUCCGGAUGAGGAAAAGGAUGGAUUGAGAUAUUCAAUCAAAGGAGUGGUCAGAAGUGAGAAACAGACAUUCGGCAUCGGCGAGUCGCCGAUUCACGUUGAUGAGCGAACGGGUGAAUUGACGGCGAUCGAUCUGCUGAGAGAACCAUCGUACACUUUCACUUUGGCCGUCAUCGAUUCGGCCGGUCAUGAAGAUACGGUCACUGUUGUGGUUUCCCUGAUUGGAUAUGACCAACAAACCGAGCUCAUCUUCGAUGCGCCAUUCGAUUACAUUCGGAGAAACGAGAAGAAUCUCAUCAGACUUCUCUCCUCAGCCACCGCUCUCACCGCUGUCAUCGACCGUUGCCGACAGAAUUCGAAUUCAACCGUCGUCCUUGCACAUUUUCUCGAUCAAAAUGGAAAAUUCGUUGACGUGAAUCAAGCGAUUCACACAUUGAUGAAAUCCUCAUCGUCGGCGCGGAGUGAGCUGAAAAACGCUUAUGGAUUGAGAGAAGCAUCGGCUUCAGUGCUACCCCGUCCACGAACCGUCGAAGUUUUGAUCAUCGCCGCUGCUUUUCUUCUCGUUUUAGUCCUAUUCGUUCUUCUAUUGAUCUGGUGUCGUCAAAGAAAUGAAUACGCAAGGAAACUUCGACAAAUAUCGGCUCAAGCAAAACAUUUGGCCUCUCCAUCUGGGCAUUCAACUCCACCAAAAAAGAGCGCUUAUUUCCCGGGCGAGCCGAUCCUCGUCCCACCUGGGAUGGGUGUCCCGGUCGGCGAUGUUUAUCCACCUUUAAACCCGCUCAACAACAACAACUUCAGUCGACAUCCGACAAUCUCACAGCGGAGUUUCGCUGAUCCGAGAGCAAGCAUGUUGAUCAAUUCGAUCGGGGUGACCGAUGUUCGGACCCUGGGAACAGCGUCGAGUUUGAUGAGAUGCGCCUCUCAUCCACAACAACAACACCCACAACAACACCCUCAUCACCAAGCGGGCAUCCGAGCAACGCAUCCAAUCAAUCUUCCCCCACCACCACCACUUCAAUCCACUGAGCUG